CGAAUUCCCUCCAUUUUUUGUUGCGAUAAAAUUUCAACUUUCACUCAUACUCCCCUUUUCUCUUUCAACCAUUACCCUCAAAUUCCAAAACCCUAAUCAAUCAAUCGCACAAUUUCAAUUCUACGCAAUGGCCGAUCCCGUCACAGAUCUCAGUCCCUCCGGCGACGACGCCCCGGUCCGUAACGUCCGCCGGAGAUUAGUCCAAUCGACGCUCUUCCCUCUCAAGCCACCGCUCAACAAGCCAGAAGAAAACGACGAUAGCGGCGAUGAACAAGAUGAGGAUUAUUGCGACACGAAGAAGAAUCGUAGGAAGAGAAAAUCCAAAGGAAAAAUUACUCCGUUAAAUAAAGGUUCUAAGAGUGCCACACCAAAGAAAAGUGCUAGUGGAAAGAAGACUAAUGAAAAAACCUCUAUAGCUAAUGGAAUUAUGGGGUCAACUUCGCGGAAUGUUUUGUCUGAUUUCGAUAAAGUUGUUACACCGAAGCCUGAUCUGCGGUUAGAGGCAAAAUUGUCAGCUGAGGAAAAUUCAAGGUUGUUUGCAGGACGGAAAGUACAUCCACUUUUUUCAUCGUGUAAAGCGGGGAAGAAAGUUCAGGAGCUGUCUGAAUCAGGACGUAAUUUAUUCAAAGCUAAGAGUGGGGAUGAAAGUAUUACCUGCGGUCCUAUUCAUGUAUUUGAAAAUAUCAAGGAUGAUACCUCAUCCCUAGACUGGAGAAACUGGACAUUUUUGGGAAAUUCCACCUAUGUGAAUGGUUGUUCAGAAAGUUCAAAUUCAUCUGUUUUGGAGGGUUCUGUUGAAUGCUUAAAUUUUGAGAAGAUUCUCAGUACUCUGAAUCCAGCGGCAGCUUCAAAUUUUCAUAAUGCCUCAACUUCUUUGGAUAGUUUUUCUGUGCUUCCAGAAAAUCUGCAAGAAACAGAGGAGCAAACAAUAAGUGCUUCGAUGCCAAAAGAUGCCAAAGUGGACUUUGGGGUGGAUGAAUCUCUUGCUUUUUCACUGCAAGCUGGCUAUUUUAGAAAAUCAUAUACUGAACCAUUGAGUAGAUUUCUUCAAGAAAGUAUGAGGUCAUCCUAUGUUGGUUGUGAGGAUAAGGCAGAAGGCAGCUUAUGGACAUACAGAUACAAGCCUACUAAGGCCGUCGAGGUAUGUGGUAAUGAUGAAGCUAUGAAUUUCUUGAGUGACUGGCUACAUCAGUGGCAUGAAAGACGUUACAAACCCAGGAAGGAUACGUCUAAUAGGGAUACAAGGAUCAUGCAAGACGACGACGAUGAUGAUUAUAUCUGUUCUGACAGUGACUAUGAUUCGGAAGAUAUGAAUGAAGAGGAUUCCCUGCAGAAUGUUCUUUUAAUUACAGGACCAACAGGGAGUGGCAAGUCUGCAGGAGUCUAUGCUUGUGCCCAAGAGCAAGGUUUUGACAUAUUAGAGCUCAAUACAUCAGAUUGUAGAAAUGGGACUGCUGUCAAGGAGUUUUUUGGAGAGGCUCUUGGUUCACACGGGAUCAAAAGGUUUUCAGAACACACUGUGAGUUCGCAAAAGAUAACUACAAAGUUGCCCCCAGCUCCUGCUUUAGUUAACUGUAAAACUGCGGAUGAGGUGAAUGACGGAGUAGUUGAACUGAUAACCUUAUUUGAUGAUGAAGCCAGCCCUGGUGAAACAUCACAAAAGUUAAUUGGCAAGAAUAAUGUAGCUUGUGAUAAAGGCCAAACUUUAAUUUUGGUUGAGGACGUGGACAUACUUUUUCCUGAAGAUCGUGGAUGUAUUGCUGCCAUACAACAGAUUGCUGAGACAGCAAAGGGGCCAAUUAUAUUGACCAGCAAUUGUGAUAAUCCUGGCCUGCCAGAUAAUUUUGAUAGGCUUCAUAUUUCGUUCUCAUUGCCAACACCAAAGGAGUUGCUUUGCCAUUUGUACUCUGUUUGUCUCAGAGAAGGAGUCAGCAUCCAUCCUCUUCUACUGGAGAAGUUUAUACAGUCCUGUGAUGGAGACAUCCGGAAAACCCUUAUGCAUCUCCAGUUCUGGUUGCAGAGUAAAAUAUUUAGAAAAGAUCGAAAAGUGCAGACGGGCUAUGUCUCACUUCCAUUUGAUCUUGAGGUUGGUCAUCAGAUACUACCAAAGAUAAUGCCGUGGGAUUUCCCCUCAGAGAUAUCCGAACUAGUUGAGAACGAAUUUGUCAAAUCAAUAAAUAAAAUGGAAGAGGAUUCCAGUGUGCAAUGGUUAGUUGAUGACGAGCUUCACAUAAAUGAAAGUCAAAAUGAUUUAGAUGAGCAGUAUAUGGAGACUGAUUAUAUAAAAGCCAAGAAGGUGGAGAUGAUUCAGAGAAAUGGGUCUAUAACAGAUUACAGUGAGCUUGAAAUUCAAUGCAAAGUUAUAUCUGAGUUUUCCAAUUCUUCUGGAUCCCCUGUAGCAUCCUAUCUGCAAAAUGGUCGAAGGAAACUUGUAGUAAUGUCCUCUGAUUCUGAGGAGGAGGAUUCAAAUAACCGAUAUCCUCGAGACACCGAAGAUGAAGCUAACCAGAGACAUUCCAUCAAAGGAAACAAUGAAUGUACGUCUGAGUUUCAGUUAAACGAUAACUGCCCCAGCACAUCUGUUCGUAAACUGGUUUGUUCUGAAUUGGAGGAUUCAGUAGAGGAGCAUGUUAAAUAUUCAGAAAUAGCUAAUGUUACCCCAAUAAAUGAGACAUCUGAAACGUUUGAUAUAUCCUGUGUACCAGAAUCAACAUAUGUUCCUGAGACUGCAAUUGAAAGUGGAACAGAUACAAUGUCUGGAGUGGUAUCUUAUGGCCACUGUUUAGAAGCUUCUAUGAAUAAUGAGUUGAAACCGUUAACUUUCAGUGUUCGCAGGCGCUUAUCAAAAUUGUCAGAAAAUUCAGAUAUGCUUAUGGAUACUGAAAUUCCAGAAACUACAAUUAUCAAGGUGAUGGAUGAGUGCAGUCGUGUGGAUUUCAAACUGAAGUCAACAUUUGUCGAGUCCAGUCCAUCACUGGAAACAGAUAUGGUACAGAAUUUGUGGAAAAAACUCCGACAAAUGGAUUUAAAGCAGCAUACUAUCUCAGAACAGCUAGGUGCUUCUCAAGUUGUUAAACUUGCUAGCGGAUUGAGCAAUCUCAUUUCAGAAGCGGAUUUGUUUCACAAUUACCAGCAUAAACAUGAUAUUUUGGAGCCCCAAAGCUUCGUUUCUAAUGAAGCUACAACCAGUUCGUACAAUGAUGAAACAAUGACGUCCACCAUUGCUGUACAUGGGUUUUGUUUUUUUGUUAAACUUAUAGCAGAUGUUGGAUCAACGUUGGGUUGUGCAAACAAGAUUGAUUUAACUUCUGAGAUGUUGGCCUCCACAACUAAUAGUAUGGCAUUGGGGAAAUUAUCCGGACUGGAUCUUGCCAAAAGCACGGGUAUUUAUACUGGGAAGGAGUUAGAGUUAAACAACCCAACAAAUAAUAUGAAGAAGAGUGAAAAUAAAGCAUCUCUGUUUGAGGUUGUCCAAUCCAUUGUUCCUGCAAGAAUAUCCUUAGCAUUGAAAGGUGAUAUCUUCAAUGAAUAUCUAUCUUCAUUGCGCCAAAUUUCAAGGUCAGAAGCAGCCUGUGUUUCACAAGGAGUUGAAAAGAGAAAAGCAAGGUCGCGGGGUGCUCAACAUUAUUUGAGCAGAUGUACAGAGUUGUCUCCUGAAGAUAUAAAAUUGGUCAGUGAAGGUGAUUUGUACAGAAAGACAUCUUCACAAAAAACUAAUGCAGAAAGUAAACUAUUAUAGCAUAGGUUUAAUAAUACAGCUUUUGGUUCUGAUAUAUCGGUAAAUGGCUGCCACAAGCAACUACAAGAACGCCUUUAUGAAUGACAUAGCGUGUUUGGAAAAUGCAAAAACCACCGUGUUGCUGUUAAAAUCUCGGUGAAAUGGCAUGUAUUGGAAUGUGGGAAAAUGAGGCAAGAAUCCGAUUGAAACAGAUCGUAAGCAGUUAAAUUCCAUUUAGUUUGUUUUUGCCAAUGAUGAUUGUCUUUGGACUGAGAUUGUAAAUCAAACUAGAGCAGUGAUUGAUAGAAGUCAGAAGAGGUAGGAGUUGACUCAAUUCUGUAAAAUGAUUUACUAGUCAUAUUUUUGUAAAGCUUAAUUACUAAUACGUGCACGAAUUCUUCUUGGCUGUUUCAUGUUUCCGACAGUACAAAAUAACAUUAUGCAACUGAUUGAGUUUCAGGA